UGAAGCUUCACAAUUCGUCUGUUGUUUAUAAAACGUUGACGGUCUAUUCUAACCUAACUUAAUCCAACGCAAGUUUAAGGAUCUGAGCACAUACUGUGUUAGAUUAAUAAUUGUUAAAUCACAGCAAAAAAUGGCAUUGGCAAAUAUAUCAGGAAUUCCAGAUAAACACUGGCAACCUCAUAUCGUCGCUUUGGAAACUACGAUGGGAGAGAUAUUGAUCGAGUUGUAUUGGAAACAUGCUCCCAUAACGUGUAGAAACUUUGCAGAACUUGUAAGACGGGGCUACUACAACGGUACUAAGUUUCACAGGAUAAUACGUGACUUUAUGAUCCAAGGAGGGGACCCCACUGGUACAGGGAAAGGUGGAAUGUCGAUAUACGGAGAAUGUUUUGAUGACGAAAUUCACGACGACUUGAAACACACCGGUGCGGGUAUACUAUCAAUGGCAAAUUCAGGACCUGACUCAAAUGGAUCCCAGUUCUUUAUAACAUUAGCCCCAACGCAGUGGCUGGAUGGAAAACAUACGAUUUUUGGAAGAAUAUACUCCGGUAUGACGAUAGUAAAGAGAAUCGGACUUGUUGAGACAGACAAAAAUGAUCGCCCGAUUGACGAUGUUAAGAUCAUCAAGGGUUCAGUAAGAAAUGCAUAAUUGCUUACUGCGCUGUUCAUAUAAUAUAAAAAUAAUGAUAAUUUUUCUACAAUAAACAAAUUGCAAAUCCGAAAA